AUGAAAAAUCUAGGUGCAGCAUCAUCGGUUUUGGGUAUGUGUAUAGCUCAAAAUUUCAAAGAAGGAACUUUGAAGAUCGACCAAUCUUCCUACAUUGCCGAUGUAAUUCGACGUUUCGGCAUGGAGGAAUGCAAUCCUGUAGGCACACCCCUCGACGUUAACCAAAAGCUGCCCGCGGAGAUGUGCCCAACUAAUGAUGACGAAAAAAGAGAAAUGGUUACUGUUCCCUAUAAGCAAGCUAUUGGAUGUCUGCUGUUUGCCGCUCAGGUCACGCGCCCUGAUAUAUGCUUUGCUGUCAACUUGUUAAGCCGAUACAGUACGAACCCAGGGAAGGCACAUUGGACUGCAGUAAAGCGUGUCAUGUGCUAUCUCAAGGGAAAUAUUGACAAGGGCUUAGUGUAUAAACGUAGUCCUGAUGAAAUCGUUGGGUUUUGUGACGCUGACUGGGCAAAUGAUAAUGCUGCCAUUUCGUGGGCUACCAAGAGACAACGUACUGUAGCCUUAUCAUCUACUGAAGCCGAGUUAAUGUCUAUGGUGGCUGCUACACAAGAAUCAAUCUGGCUUAAGCGAUUUGAAAAGGAGUUAGUGCCCAAAGCUUCGUAA